UGUCCUCCUGAGCCACCGUAGGUCCUAACAGCGCAUAUGCUGGACAUUCAAAUUAUUCGCGUGUAAUCGGUCAAAUAGUACAUUUAUUUAGUCUUCAACAGUGACGAAACUGUCACAAUGUCUGUUCAAUCAACAAAUCCCAACAACCCGAUUGUUUUCUUCGACAUAACCAUCGGAGGGCAGGAUGUCGGACGGAUGAAGGUAGAGCUGUUUGCUGAUGUGGUCCCAAAGACAGCGGAGAAUUUCCGGCAGUUCUGCACUGGAGAGUUCAGGAAGGACGGAGUCCCUAUUGGUUACAAAGGUUGCACAUUCCACAGGGUGAUCAAAGACUUUAUGAUACAAGGGGGGGACUUUGUAAAUGGUGAUGGAACUGGUAUCUGCAGCAUCUACAGAGGUCCAUUUGCAGAUGAAAACUUCAGAAUGAAGCAUUCGGCACCUGGUCUUCUGUCCAUGGCAAACAGUGGCCCAGGGACAAAUGGCUGUCAGUUUUUCAUCACAUGCACUAAAUGUGACUGGUUAGAUGGGAAGCAUGUUGUUUUUGGAAAAGUGGUUGAUGGUUUGCUGAUCAUGAGAAAAAUUGAGAACGUUCCUACAGGACCCAACAACAAGCCCAAGCUCCCCAUCGUCAUUGCACAGUGCGGAGAGAUGUGAUCCAGCCAUAAGAGAACUACACAACCUCUGUACACAUGAAGUAGUGUCUUAUAGUUCGAAUACUCCCCUGCAAACAUCAACCCACAUAUUUUUUCAUGUAUCAAUGCCUUCUCCCAUAGUGCACAUUGAAGGACAUUAUAAACUUCAGCAGCACAUCAUUUUGGCCAUUGUCUGAGUUUGGUAUAACUGAUUCCAGGUUAACUGUUGCAUCCAAACUCAAAUAAGAUUAUUCACAUUUGAGAUGGGUUUUUUUGUACUCACAGCAGGUGAGUGAGUAGGUUUAAAAUGCAUUUUGUGAAACUUCAUGUUCAAUAUUGCUAUUGUUGUUGAGUCCAAAUGGAGACAUCGUGUGUAUCCUGUCAUAAAAAGACCAAUAAGACAUUCAAAAACUAUUCAGUAACACUGUGUAUCAGUUAUGAUCAAUAAAUUGUUUUACAUUUUUAUAAAAUUUCUCUAAGAGA